AUGGCGAUACAUUUUCUCCAGAUUUUGAUUUUCCAUUUCGCCUUCAAGCUAAUCAAGAUCAACAAUAAAUUGGCCAAUGCCACAGGAUCAACUAACAUUGAAUUAUACGCCACAAUCUUUCUCCAAUCAUUUACUUGCGGGGGUACUCCCAUUGGACCAAUUAAUGCCAAUCAGGCUAACGUAGAGUAA